AUGGCAUUUAAGACACUCCCUCCAGGGGACUGGAAACAAGUAGCAAAGGCAUGUUUGUCAGGGGGAGACUAUUUAUUGUGGAAAACAAAAUAUACAGAGAACUGUCAGACUAUUGCUAAGGUGAAUAGGGCUCAGGGGGUACCUAUUACUUUUGAUAUGCUGGCAGGAGAGGGACCAUAUCGGGAACUUGAGAAUCAAUUGAAGUUUGAUGUAGGUGUUUAUGCUCAGGUUAAUGCACAAGCUAAAAAGGCUUGGCGUAAACUUCCAUCCAAUGGGAAGGGGACUGAAGAUUUGUCAAAAAUUAGGCAAGGGCCUGAUGAAUUAUAUCAAAACUUUGUGGAUAGAUUAUUACAGGCUGCUAACAGACUGGUUGGAGAUUCUGAAGCAGGACUUACACUUGUAAAAUUAUUAGCCUAUGAGAAUGCUAACUCUGCUUGUCAAGCGGCCUUGAGGCCAUAUAGGAGAAAGGGGAACAUAACUGAUUAUAUUAGUUUAUGUUCUGAUAUAGGUCCAUCCUAUACACAAGGUCUAACCUUGGCUGCCGCCCUUCAAGGGAAAUCAGUAAAGGAGGUUCUUUUUCAGCAACAAAAAGGUAAUAAGAGAAAAUUUAAUGCUCCUCCAGGGAGUUGUUUUGGAUGUGGUAAAAUGGGACAUCAGGUGAAACAAUGUCCUCAGAAGCAAAAGAAUGAUUUACCCAGAAAGGAACCAAAGUUAUGUCCAAAAUGUAAAAGAGGCAAACACUGGGCCAAUGAAUGUAAAUCUAAAUAUGAUCAUAUGGGGAAUCUUCUCCCUCAGGGAAACGGGGGGAGGGGCCCACUCCAGGCCCUGCAACAAUGUUAUGGAGUGCUACAGAACUUUAUCCCCCAGCAAAACAAUCCAUUCAGGACCUCUGCAGAGCAACCCCAGGCAGUGCAGGACUGGACCUCAGUUCCACCACCUAUACAGUAUUAG